AUGAUGCUAGCAUUGAGAGCAACAAGGCUCUUGGGUCCAUGGACUAAAAUACAGAGACCCUCAACGAUGCAGGGUUGGAUGCUGACCAGGAAGUUGUCCUUCAGGGCAAUUACGAUCAAACCAAAUGAGGUUAAAAUCGCAUGUACUAUCACAACGAAGAGGUGGUCCUCAUCGAAAACAACUGCACCUCAAGUGAGAGUCCCCAAAUCCCGUAAUGACGGUAACGAUAUUAAACGGUUGUUAUCCCUAGCGAAGAAGGACUGGAAACUGCUUUGCAUAGCAGUGGGCUUGUUAACGGUCUCUUGCACAAUUGGAAUGUCUUUACCAAAAGUAAUCGGGAUGGUGCUUGACCUUUUGAAGAAUGCAAUAUCAAAGUCAGAAGAUGCAGAGUUGGGUUCAGCAGAUCUGAGUAUAGAAAGUAGCGAGCUGCCCCCUAUUGCGUUUGGGCUGUCGCUAUAUGAAUUUCUGGGCUGUAUUGGAGCUGCAUUGUUGAUUGGGACUGCCGCUAAUUUUGGGAGAGUGGUGCUGUUAAGAGUUCUUAGUGAGAGGGUAGUCGCCAGGCUACGUUCACAAGUGAUUAAGAAGACAAUCCAUCAAGAUGCAGAGUUCUUUGACAAUAACAAAGUCGGUGACCUUAUAUCAAGACUAGGUUCAGACGCUUACGUAGUGUCAAGAUCGAUGACUCAGAAAGUUUCCGAUGGAUUCAAAGCACUGCUUUGUGGUGGUGUCGGGGUAGGGAUGAUGGUCUCUAUAUCUCCUGAACUUUCUGCGUUUUUAUUAUUCUUCACUCCCCCAGUAAUGCUAAGUAGUAUGUACUUUGGUAGACUCAUCAGAGAUAACUCGAGAAAGUUGCAAGAAGCAACAGGCCAAUUGACAAGAGUUUCUGAAGAACAAUUCAGUGGUGUGAAGACGGUCCAAGCAUUUGUAGCCGAGCAAAGAGAGAUUAAAAGGUAUAAUAAUGUCAUAAAAGACGUUUACAAUGUUGGGAAAGAAUCCGCAUUCAUAAAUGCAAAAUUGUUUACUAUCACAAGUUCAUUAGGAGAUAUGAGCUUCCUAUUAGUAUUGGCAUAUGGUUCAUACUUAGUUCUACAUGGCGGACUUUCAAUUGGAGAUUUGACAGCUUACAUGAUGUAUACAGAAUUAACAGGAAGUGCAGUUUUUGGAUUGUCAAGUUUCUACUCAGAGAUUAUGCAAGGUGUCGGUGCGGCUUCUAGGUUGUUCGAAUUGACAGAUCGUAUUCCAAUGAUAAGUCCCACGACAGGAAAAAAGUAUAUCCCUGGGAAAGGUGAAAUAGAAUUUAAAAACGUAUCCUUUGCAUACCCGACAAGACCAGGCAGCCAGAUAUUUAAAUCGCUGAAUUUCAAAAUUGAGCCAGGUUCUAAUGUUUGUAUUGUGGGCCCAUCAGGAAGAGGUAAAUCAACGAUCGCUUCAUUGCUAUUGAAAUAUUAUAAACCGACAGCAGGAACCAUUACAGUCGAUGGUCAAGAUAUUUCAAAAUUAAAUAGUAAAUCCUUAAGACGCCACAUCGGCAUUGUUCAACAAGAACCUAUAUUAAUGUCGGGUUCCAUAAGAGAUAAUAUCACAUAUGGUUUGACUUAUGAAGCCACAGCUGAAGAGAUCAGAAGAGUAACUAAACAAUGCUUUUGCCACAACUUUAUUACAAAAUUCCCAGAUCAAUACCAAACUAUAUUAGGUCCAAACGGUACACUACUAAGCGGUGGUCAAAAGCAAAGAAUAGCAAUAGCAAGGGCAUUACUUAAGAAACCAAAUGUGUUGAUCCUAGAUGAAGCUACAUCGGCACUAGAUGUUGAAAGUGAAAGUGCAAUUAAUUACACUUUUGGAAAGCUCAUGAAAAAGAAAGAAGUCACGAUUAUAAGUAUAGCCCAUCGUUUGAGCACUAUCAGGAGAUCAGAGAUUGUGAUUGUUCUUGGCAAUGAUGGUUCCGUGGUAGAAAUCGGAAAAUUUAAAACACUAUUUGGGAAUCCAUUAAGUGAGUUGUCCCAAUUAUUGAAUGAAAAAUCAACAAUAAAUGAAAGAAACCCAAACGAAAAGCCUGCAGAGACUCCUGAACAAGAAUCUCAGAAAAAUGCUGCCAACGAAUCAAUCGUCGACGUCGUGUUAGAGGAAGAAAUUUUGCAAAACGACAUAAGAAGCCAAGAUGAAAAGGAUAUCCUCGACAAACAACCGUUUCCUGAUAAAUCUUCCAUAAAUCUUAAAAUAUAG